UGUGUAAAGCCACAACGAUUCUCAAAUGACUCUAGUGGUAAAUUCUAGAGUAAAAAAGCUUCUUUUACCUCCCUUUGCGAGUUACCGACUCAUUCUUCCCGGGCCCAUAAGUGAAAAAUACCGACCAGUGAGUGAGUGUGUCUAGAAGGCAUCAACGACAAAAGUAGAGAGCAUCUUUGCGGUCUCCUCUAUUGAAAAUGGCAUAUGGGUUUUGCUCGCUGCGUCCAACUCUCACCUCCUUAUUCUCGUCUCUUGCGCCCACUCUACAUUGGCGUUCGAGCUCCCUGCCUAUCUCCCGCGCUUUAUCAGCUUCGACUGUCCCGAUGAGCUCCUCCUCCUUCACGUGGGACGACGUCUUACAGAUUGGUCGGAAGGAGUCUGCGUCUACUCAAAACCCCUCCUCCGAUCUCACCGAGUUUCUCGCUAAAAUCGACCGCUGCAAUCGCGGAUCCGAGAAGUUAGCUGAGUUCAUACCAUUUGUUGUAGAUGAACAAAUCGUUGGUUAUAUUCAUAAAGGAUUUACGGAGUACUUGAGGGAGUUUCAUGAUAUCUUCACGUUUUCAAAGAAUGGUUCCGUAUCCGUUGUUGGUGGUGACUAUGUAACGCUAAAUCUGAUGUUUGAAAAGCCUGAAGAUAGAACCAGAGCAGUUGCAGGUGUGAUCAAGAUCUUAGGUGACAAAGGUAUCAUUCCAGGCAUACGAAAUGAGCUGUGUCCUGUGAAACCAUCGUUUCAUGCUCCCGCCGUGUUUUCGUUAGAGCGUGCUGCUGCUCCUUACUUCGGAUUAAAGGGUUACGGUGUUCACAUGAAUGGUUAUGUAGAAAGAGAUGGACAGAAGUUUCUGUGGAUAGGUAAGAGAAGUCUCACAAAAUCCACUUAUCCAGGAAUGCUUGAUCAUCUAGUUGCUGGAGGAUUGCCACACGGGAUUAGCGGCGGUGACAAUCUAGUUAAGGAAUGUGAAGAAGAAGCUGGUAUAUCCAAAGUCAUUGCUGACAGGGCGAUACCAGUCGGUGCGGUUUCAUACAUGGAUAUAGAUCAGUACUGUUUCAAACGUGAUGUGCUGUUUUGUUAUGAUUUGAAACUCCCUGAAGACUUUGUUCCAGUAAAUCAAGAUGGAGAAGUUGAGAGCUUCAAGUUGAUUCCAGUUGCACAAGUUGCUAAUGUGAUUAGGGAGACUAGUUUUUUCAAGGCGAACUGUUCCCUUGUCAUUAUUGACUUCUUGUUCCGCCAUGGGUUUAUCAGACCAGAAUCAUCUGGUUACUUGGAUCUAUACCGAGGCUUGAGGAAUGGAAAUUGCUCAUAAGGCUGGAUGCUGCUAUCUUUUUUUUUUCCUAUCUUGAUGUUUAUUCUGUUGAGUCACUUCAGGUGCCUUCAUGAGAAUAAACUGAUCCAGGAAAGCCCAAAUGAAGAUUCAUUUGUACUACAAACGAGCAAAACCAACAGAGAUAGUUCAGAUGGAAGUUGCUUAGCCAAAGAGUCUCAGUGAUAAUACUCCAUUUGAUUUAACAAUAAUUGUUGGGUUUUUUUUUUAAAUUCUACCUCUCUGUAUUGCCUUUUCCAGAAAGAUACA